CACAUUUUCAAAUGUGUCAUCCACAAACUCACAAGUCACAAAACAAUUCUUCCAUUGUGAGAGUUUGUGAGUGUGUCUUCUCUCUUUGUUUGUUUCCAAAGCUUAGAAAAGACACACCAAAGGAGUUAAAUAUGACGGAUUUAUGUGAAAAAAUGAGCAAGGGGCUAAAAAGUAUUAAGCCCUAUCUUGCUAUGGUGUCCCUUCAAUUUGGCUAUGCAGGAAUGUACAUCAUCACUAUGGUUUCAUUCAAGCAUGGCAUGAGUCAUUGGGUUCUCUCCGUGUACCGUCAUGUUGUCGCUACUAUCUUCAUGGCUCCUUUUGCCCUCGUCCUCGAAAGAAAAAUUAGGCCAAAGAUGACACUCCCAAUUUUCUUGAGGUUGGCGGUUCUUGGUUUCCUUGAGCCAGUGCUUGAUCAAAAUUUGUACAACUUGGGAAUGAAGAACACAUCAACAACGUUUGCAUCUGCCACCGUUAACAUUCUUCCAGCUAUAACUUUUAUAAUGGCAAUCAUUUUCAGGUUAGAGACAGUAAACUUCAGAAAAAUUCACAGCAUAGCUAAGGUAGUUGGAACAGUAGUAACUGUAUCAGGAGCAAUGGUUAUGACAUUAUACAAAGGCCCUGCCUUUCAGCUCAUUAAGGGACAUUCAUCAGACCAACAUGAAAGUGGAAGCACAGAACCCUCUGACCAAAACUUUGUGGCUGGCACUAUAAUGCUCAUUUGCAGUUGUGGUGGUUGGGCUAGUUUCUUUAUCUUGCAAUCUUUCACUCUAAAGAUGUACCCAGCAGAGCUCUCUAUGACUGCUUGGAUUUGCUUUUUGGGUAUCUUUGAAGGUGGAAUUGCAACCUUCAUAUUUGAACGUGACAUGAGUGUUUGGGCCUUAGGUUUUGACUCUAGACUUCUUGCUUGUGUUUACUCUGGUAUAGUGUGUUCUGGAAUGGCAUACUAUGUACAAGGAGUUGUGACAAGAGAACGUGGGCCUGUGUUUGUUACUUCAUUCAGCCCUUUAUGUAUGAUCAUCACAGCUGCAUUGGGUUCUAUUGUCUUAGCUGAGCAAACUCAUUUGGGAAGUAUUAUUGGAGCUAUUAUCAUUGUGUGUGGACUAUACACUGUGGUGUGGGGGAAAAGCAAAGACAGUGUGAACAAUACAACACAAAAUGAGGGACAAGAAUUGCCAAUAAAGGAUGCUACAAAAACAGGGUCAGACAUUUUUGAAAGUGUUGAGGUCAAUGUUCCUAGUGACAUUAAGCUUGGAGGAAAGAAUGUCAAAACAUAAGCAAGAUCAAAGUUCCUUUAUUAGAAUUAAUUAACAUCACAAAUUUUCCUACUUAAAUGAAGUCAAGAGAGAUUUUGUGCACUUGUACUAAUCUUUCCCAAUGCCCUUCUGGCUCCAUUUUCAUAUAUUUUUACUUUAACUUUUUGUUUAUGUUUCUGAAACUAAGAGUUUAAAUGAAAUAAUGUUUCUCUUUA